AUGAAGUUGAUUAUCGGCUUCAAUGGUUUCAUACGGGUCCAAGUCAGAGAUCCUGGGAUGAUGGAUAAUCACAAGGACGAUGAGAUGAUCUCGUCCUCUUCCACCAAAGAGCAAGCCAUACUCCUCUCGAGACUCCACAAAGCAUAUGCAGAAUGGGGAAUGGGGAAUGCGAUACGCGUCUUAUCUAACCUUGGCUUCACGGUGACACUAGAAGUGAUCAUGGAGACUGUUAACCUCAGUAACUCAAAGAAUAUCGACACUCACGACAUGCUUGGUUCAGAGUUUCACGUUGUGGUUUCAGAGAAUGAAGCUGAAAGAAGACGUGAAAAGAGAAAAAAGUGA